CGGCAAGAUUCCCGGGCCUGGAGCCCAGAGCUCAGGGGGCAGUCCUUCCUGUUUGCCUUUACAACGAGGGGCCCCACAGCCUCCCCUGCCCGCGGCCUGGCUUCCUGCUCCUGAGAGCCUCCCUUCCCAGCCCCCUCCCACAGCCUGGGCCUCUUUCCCCUCCUCCCUCCCGCCUCCAGCCUCCAGGUUCCCAACCGACCGCCAGGCUUGGGCCUGAGUGGCAGAGGCGCCUGCAGCUGCCAAUCCCCAAAAUAUUCUCUGAUGACACAGCUGGAGGACAAGGGCCUAGAGUGGCUCCUCCAAGCUAAGUAUAGAGCAGGCGGGACCACCUGCCCCGUUCCCUAGCCCCAGUUCUAGUCCCAGCCUCAGCGCAUCCCCCAUGACUGGCCCAGCAGCUGCUAGGUUGAAAGGGGCCCCAGAAGGUCUGAGGGGUAGGCGCAUUCUGUCUUCCUGACAAAUAGCACUUUUAGGAGCUGGCAGACCCCAGCUCCCAGGCUCCUAUCCCACCUGUUGUCACCUUUGUGCUGCAUGCUGGGAUGUGACUCACACUGUGUGUGUGUGUGUGUGUGUGUGUGUGUGUGUGUGUGUGUGUGUGUGUGUGUGUGAAAGGGGUUGUAUCUGUGGGUCAGGUCACUUGGGGUAAAAACCCUCCCUGGCCUCUCCCCUCCCCCAGAUUCCUGGCGGGAGUGGGAGAUAAGGCUCAGGGCCACAGACGUGUGCGUCAGAGAUAGGAGGUCUCAAUGCCAUGGGCAGGGGCAACUCGGUCUGCAGGGCGUGGGAAGGACUGGGGAAGACUGGGGGUGGGCAUGGCUGCCAUGGGCCAGACCUGGACCGGGAACUUGUUCUGGCCAAGGUGAGGGCCCUGUUCCUGGAUGUCUUGGGGCCCCCAGCAGUGACUGGGGAAGGUGGGGAUCCUGGACGCAGGCGUCUGCUCCGAAGACAUGCCCAGGGGGCCCUCCUGCGCAGGAGCUCUGAGCCCGAGGAAGAGGAUGUCUCCCAGGCCAUCCUUUUCCCUGUUACAGGUGUCACCUGUGAGGAAGAGCCAGCUGCUGGAGAGCUGUCCCAGGAGGCGGAGGAGGGCCUCUUCAAGUACAUGUUCUGGCCGUCCCAGCACACGCUCAGCCGCCAGGUGACUUCGGCCCAGCUGUGGUUCCAUACAGGACUGGACAGGCAGGCCACAGCAGCCUCUAAUAGUUCUGGGCCCCUGGUGGGCCUGCUGGCACUAUCAUCCAGGGGUCCCAAGACUGUGCCCAUGUCACUGGGCCAGGCACCCCCUCGCUGGGCUGUGCUGCACCUGGCCACCUCUGCUCUCCCUCUGCUAACCCACCCCAUCCUGGUGCUACUGUUGCGCUGCCCUCUCUGUUCCUGCUCAGCCCGGCCUGAGACCACACCCUUUCUGGUGGCCCACACACGGGCCAAGCUGCCCAGUGGAGGGGAGAGAGCCCGACGCUCCGCUUCCCCACUGCCCUGGCCUUGGUCUCCCGCUGCGCUGCGCCUGCUCCAGAGGCCUCCAGAGGACCCCGCUGUCCAUGCUGACUGCCACAGGGCAGCUCUCAACAUCUCCUUCCAGGAGCUGGGCUGGGACCAGUGGAUCGUGCACCCACCCAGCUUCAUCUUCCACUAUUGUCAUGGAGGCUGUGGGCUGUCUACUCCACCAGACCUGCCCCUGCCAGUCCAUGGGGCUCCCCCUACUCCUAUCCAGCCCCUUUCUUUGGUGCCGGGGGCCCAGCCCUGCUGUGCUGCUCUGCCGGGGACUAUGAGGCCCCUCCAUGUCCGCACCACCUCAGAUGGAGGUUACUCUUUCAAAUAUGAGACAGUGCCCAACCUUCUCACGCAGCACUGUGCCUGCAUCUAAGGGAGUCGUGCUGGUGGCCAGGUCCCCGCCAUCAACAACUGGGAGCAAGGGUAGGGUUUGGAAAACAUGGUUCCCACUUUUCUGCCUGAGGUCUCCCCUCCCCACCCCACCCCACCCCAUCCCGUGGGUAACACGACAAUAAACAAUAGUGCAGAAG